GCAGCUACAUGACCGACAAAGCAGUACCGAGAAUAUAUGACAAAGUCAAAGACGAUGUUAAGUCAAGUUAAGUUGCUCGAGUUGCCUGAACUUAAACUGAUCACUGAUGUUGUGACGCGCUGGAAUAGCGCGCAUGAUAUGCUCGAGCGCUUUCUUGAGCAGCAACCCGCUGUCUCCGCUGCUCUUCUGUCCAACGAGCUUAGGAAAACCGAGAAAGAAGUUUGCACCCUAUGUGAGUCGGACAUUACAUCUGCGGAGGAGAUAGUGGAUGCAAUGAAGCCCAUGAAGAUUGCUACUCUUGUAAUGUCAAAAGAAAGCUGUCCAACACUGUCAGUUGUGGCCCCUCUUCAUGCUCAGCUCAUCCAGGAUUUCCAAGAGAGCAGAGCAGAUAGUGAGAUAGUGAAAGAAAUCAAAGCGGCUAUUUGCCAAGAUUUGAGCAAGAGGUACAUGGAUCAGCAGAAAGAGACCAUGUAUGUAUGUUCAGCACUCGAUCCAAGAUUCAAAGCUUUGCCCUUCCUUCCUGAUGAUGAACGAGAGGAAAUAUACUUGAGAAUCACUGCAGAAGCUCGAAGAAUUCAAGAACUAUUUCAGGAAGAGGCUAAAGUGAUACCAGGAGAGGAGGACAAUCAUGUGGAAGACAAGGAUGACAUUCCUGCCAGCCCACCACCCAAGAAGAAAAAGGACUUGUGCUGUUUGGCUGAUCUGCUUGGUUCAACUUACAGUGCAGGUCCUGCGGUGAGACACAGAACCACACAGGCCCAGGCAGAAGAGGAGAUGUCAAGGUACAAGGAGGCACCACCCCUGUCUCUUGCUGAGGGAAGUCCACUCAGUUGGUGGAAAGAGCACCAGAAUGAAUAUCCACUAAUGUCACGCCUUGCCAAAGUGUACCUGUGCAUUCCAGGGACUAGUGUCUCCUCGGAGCGCGUUUUCUCUACGGCAGGCGAUAUCGUAACAGCACAGAGAAGUGUACUAAGCUCAAAGCAUGUUGACCAACUUCUGUUUUUGAACAAAAAUCUUAAGUCAUAG